AUGGCUUACCGAACCCCCUACGUGACGCCCCACAUUCUGCACAAGAACUAUGCGCAAGCAUUCGAUGCCGAGCCUAGCAAAUUGGUCGGCCGGGACUUGGAGUACUUCUCCCAGGCUGGCUUCGACAUGGACCGAAUCUCCAUCAAGCGCAAUGCUCCGAUCGCACAGCUCUACGAGGAUGCCAUUCGGAACGAGGGUGCCAUCAUCUCAUCGUCUGGUGCGCUCAUCAACUUCUCCGGCAAGAAGACUGGGCGUAGCCCCAAGGACAAGCGCAUUGUCUACGAAGAGACGAGCAAGGACGAGAUUUGGUGGGGCUCUGUUAACAUCAUGAUGGACGAGCAUACUUUUGAAAUCAACCGCGAGCGUGCAAUUGACUACCUCAACACCCGUGACAACGUUUACGUCUUCGAUGGAUUCGCUGGUUGGGAUCCGAAGUACCGCAUUAAAGUCCGGGUCAUCUGCGCGCGUGCAUAUCAUGCUCUCUUCAUGAACAACAUGCUCAUUCGCCCCACUGAGGAGGAGCUAAAGGACUUCGGCGAGCCGGACUUCAUCAUCUACAAUGCAGGCCAAUUCCCCGCAAACCGGUUCACGAAAGGUAUGUCGUCGACGACAUCGGUCGAGAUCAACUUCAAGCGCAUGGAGAUGGUUAUCCUCGGCACCGAGUACGCGGGUGAGAUGAAGAAGGGCGUCUUCUCCGUCAUGCAUUAUUUGCAACCUGUCAAGUUUGGUCAGCUGUCGCUACACUCGUCCGCCAACGUUGGCAUUGACAAUGGCGACGUGACGCUUUUCUUUGGGCUGUCCGGCACGGGGAAGACGACGCUGUCUGCGGACCCGCGGCGCCUGCUCAUCGGUGACGACGAGCACGUGUGGUCGGACACGGGUGUGUUCAACAUAGAAGGCGGGUGCUAUGCCAAAUGCAUCAACCUGUCGCAGGAGAAGGAGCCCGAAAUCUUCAACGCGAUCCGGUUCGGAGGUCUACUCGAGAAUGUGGUGUACAACCCCCUUACGCGCGAACCGGACUACGAUGAUGUGAGCAUCACGGAGAACACGCGCUGCGCGUACCCGAUCGAGUAUAUCCCGAACGCAAAGAUCCCCUGCAUCGUCGAUCGCCAGCCGAGCAACAUCAUCAUGCUCACUUGCGACGCGUUCGGCGUGCUGCCGCCGGUGAGCAAGUUGACGCCCGAGCAGGCGUCCUACCACUUCCUCGCCGGAUACACUUCGAAGACCCCGGGUACGGAGGACGGCGUCUUGGAGCCCAUCCCGACGUUCUCGACGUGCUACAGCGCACCCUUCAUCGUGCUGCACCCGGGGCGGUACGCGGAGAUGCUCGCAGAGCGCAUGUCGAAGCACAAGGUGGACUGCUGGCUGAUCAACACGGGCUGGACGGCCGGCAAGUACGGAACGGGCAAGCGGUGCCCGCUCAAGUACACGCGCAUGAUCGUCGAUGCGGUGCACUCCGGCGCGCUCGCGCAGGCCGAGUACGAGACGUUCGGGACGUUCGGUCUGCAGGUCCCGACGCACAUCGAGGGUGUGCCGCGUGAGCUGCUCAACCCGCGUCUCGCUUGGGCGGAUAAGGAGGCCUUCGAGCGCGAGGUGCGCAAGCUCGCGGGCAUGUUCCAGAAGGCGUUCGCGCUGUAUGAGCAGGACGUAGACGAGAAGGUGCGCCUUGCGGGGCCGCAGGUCGCGUGA